AUGCUCCUCACAGUUACCCUCUUGGGGCUGGUUGCUUCGGCGGCAGCUGUCGAUGAAAAACGUUGGCUGUUUGGGGGCCCUGUCGUUAAGCUAGAAACAGCGACCGUGACGGGAUAUUCGUUUCUCGGCGUAGACACAUUUAAUGGCAUUCCUUUCGCUCAACCUCCUGUCGGCGAUCUCCGCCUGCGCCCGCCACAAUCGAUUACUUCUCAUUUAGGCGCGGUGUCGGCUGUCGGCAUCGCCAAGUCUUGCCCUCAGGUGCUGUUGAGCAGCAAUCUCGAUAAUCUGCCCUCUGGCAUCCUCCAGACAUUGCUCAAUACGCCACUGAUCAACAAGGCUACGCAGCAAUCUGAAGAUUGCCUGACCUUGGAUAUUCAGAGACCUUCCGGUACUAAGGCAGGUGACAAACUCCCGGUCUUCUUCUUCAUCUACGGUGGCGGCUUUGGCUUCGGAGCUACGAACACAUAUGAUGCAGCUGGAAUUAUCAGAGCCUCCUUGCCGUCAGGUCCUAUAAUUUUCGUCGCUGCCAACUACAGACUUGACGCUUGGGGCUUCUUGGCAGGCAAAGAAGUAUUGCAGGAUGGUGCUUCCAACUUGGGUCUUCUCGAUCAGCGUCUAGCCCUUGAAUGGGUCGCAGACAACAUUGCCAAGUUUGGCGGCGACCCUUCAAAGGUCACCAUUGGAGGUGAAUCUGCCGGUGCCAUCAGUGUGUUUGAUCAGAUGGCUCUCUAUGAUGGAGACAACACGUACAAAGGUAAGCCUCUCUUCCGCGGAGCUAUCAUGGACUCUGGCUCUGUGGUUCCGGCGGAUCCCGUUGAUGGUGUCAAGGGUCAAGCCAUCUACUCUCAAGUUGUCAACGCAGCUGGCUGCGCAGGCGCAUCAAACACCUUGCAAUGUUUGCGCGAGGUACCCUAUGAUACAUUCUUGCAUGCGGCAUCAUCAGUGCCUGGUAUAUUCGAUUAUUCGUCCGUGGCACUCAGCUACCUGCCCCGGCCUGAUGGCGCUAUUCUGACCGCUUCGCCAGCUAUUCUUCUUGCCUUAGGACGUUAUGCCAAGGUGCCACUCAUUAUCGGGGACCAGGAGGAUGAAGGUACAAUCUUCUCUCUUGUGCAAAAAAACAUCACGACAUCGGAGGAAAUUUCGGAUUACCUGCAAAAGUACUUCUUCCUCGAUGCUCCUCGCGCUACGAUCGAUGCACUUGUGGCUUCCUACCCAGAUGACCCUUCCGCUGGCUCGCCCUUCCGCACUGGAUCUCAAUACAAUUUCUAUCCACAGUACAAGCGACUGGCUGCUUUGCUUGGCGAUACCGUGUUCACGCUCACUCGACGCGUCUUUCUUGAGUACACUUCGAAAAAUGUGCCCAACACAUGGAGUUACCUAUCAUCUUACUUUCAUGGCACUCCCUACUUGGGUACAUUCCACAUAAGUGAUGUGAUCACCUUGUUCUACGCGCCUGGUUACCCACAAGCGACAAUUCGGCGCUACUACAUCAAUUUCAUCAACAACCUCGACCCCAAUGUCGGUGCAACGCCCUCAAUGCAGUGGCCAUCAUGGACCAAGACCCAGAAAUUGCUCAACAUUGAAGGCUUCUCGAGCAAGCUUAUCCCGGACACCUUCAGAUCUGCUAGCGCUGCUGUGCUACGCAAUAAUCCUCUCUCGUUCAAUGUUUAG